AGACACAGUGCGCGAUGCAAACUGUUUCUGAAUAUAGCAACGCCGCACCGUCCCCUUCCCUCCUCAGGCGUGAAUGACGCUUUCAAGUCCCUCGAGCUCCCGUUCAGUCGCAGCAGACAGCAGCGACGCACGCAUAGGCAUCACACGCAGCUAAAUCAAACAAAACAACAACAAAGAAGAAGAAGAAUGAUGGAGAGAAAAUGACGGAAAUGCAAGUAGCAGAGAUGUGCACGUGGUAUAGGUUAGGGUAAUUAACGCACGACAUACCAUUUUUAUUCUUUCACACAAAGACACAGACCUCACAAUCACAGACGUCUUAAAACGCAAUUGUCAACUGUCACUGCUUUCCCGCCGAUUGGUAUAUAACUAUAGCUCGAUACAAUGUGGAUUUUCCGUCGUUGUUGCAGGUAUGACAGUAAAGGAAGGCGAGGGUAGGCUUUCUGUCAGCUUAAUCAGGGAUGGGAAAUUCUGAUAUAUUUCCACCCCUCCCUCUCUCGCCUCCUACGUUUUUCUCGUUCGUCGCGUAGCCUAAAAUGAGUACUUUGGACAUACCUGGAUUCUGGUGUGACAUUUUAUGCACAUUACAGGAAAAGAAUGUCUCGGCCGGGAAGAACUGACAUUACCAUACUAGGUACCGAAUAAAUAACCGAGACUCCGCUAUUUGUCAUUAGCGUGCGUGCGUCUACACACACACACACACACAUACAAGCACAGAUUAAACAUUUCACCAGCCGUGGAUGAGCUCUCCUGGGCGCUGCGAUGGGUCCUUGGAUGCUGCUAUACCUGCUCGCCAUUGUGAAAAGAAGCCUUGCGGCGGACACUGAAGAGCGGUUGGUGGAACACCUCCUCAACCCCGCCCAUUACAACAAAUUGAUCCGCCCGGCAACCAAUAGAUCGGAGCAAGUGACAGUGCAGCUGAUGGUGUCUCUGGCACAGCUGAUCAGUGUGCAUGAGAGAGAACAGAUCAUGACCACAAACGUCUGGUUAACACAGGAGUGGCAGGACUACCGGCUGACGUGGGUCCCGGAGGAGUUUGACGGAAUGCAGAAGGUCAGACUGCCCUCCAAACACAUCUGGCUGCCGGACGUCGUGCUUUACAACAAUGCUGAUGGGAUGUAUGAGGUGUCCUUCUACUCCAAUGCUGUUGUCUCCUACGAUGGCAGUGUGUUCUGGCUCCCCCCAGCCAUCUACAAGAGCGCCUGCAAGAUCGAGGUCAAGCACUUCCCCUUUGACCAGCAGAACUGCACGCUCCGCUUCCGCUCCUGGACCUACGACCGCACCGAGAUCGACCUGGUCCUGAAAACAGACGUAGCCAGCAUGGACGACUUCACGCCCAGCGGCGAGUGGGACAUCAUCGCCCUCCCGGGCCGCCGCAACGAGAACCCGGCGGACUCCACCUACGUGGACAUCACCUACGACUUCAUCAUCCGGCGCAAGCCGCUCUUCUACACCAUCAACCUCAUCAUCCCCUGCGUCCUCAUCACCUCGCUGGCCAUCCUGGUCUUCUACCUGCCCUCCGACUGCGGAGAGAAGAUGACCCUCUGCAUCUCCGUCCUGCUGGCCCUCACCGUCUUCCUCCUCCUGAUCUCCAAGAUCGUGCCCCCGACCUCGCUGGACGUCCCGCUGGUGGGCAAGUACCUGAUGUUCACCAUGGUGCUGGUGACCUUCUCCAUCGUGACCAGCGUGUGCGUGCUCAAUGUGCACCACCGCUCGCCCACCACCCACACCAUGCCGCCCUGGGUGAAGCUGGUCUUCCUGGACAAGCUGCCCGCCCUGCUGUUCAUGCAGCAGCCGCGCAACACCUGCCAGCGGCAGAGGCUGCGACGCCGGCGGCGGGCCGAGGAGCGCGGGGGAGGCGGGGCCAAGGCGGGGCUCUGCCCCGGCAGGGCGGGGUUCCCCGCCGAGAGCAGCGAGCCCUGCACCUGCUAUGUCAACCAGGCCUCGGUGAAGCAGCUGGGGGAGGAGCCGGCGGGGGUCGGGGGCGGGUCCAGCGAGGGCCUGAAUGGGCUGAGGGAGGGGAGGGACGGGGUCGCCGCCCCUCUGCAGUCCUCCAGCCUGGGCCGGCCAGGGAAGCAGCAGCAGCAGCAGCAAUCGACCCCCGCCCUCACACAGGCCCUGCUGGGGCAAGCCUGCCCCGGGUUCGAGGAGGCGGUGGAAGGGGUGCGGUUCAUCGCCAACCACAUGAAAAGCGAGGACGAAGACCAGAGCGUGAGCGAGGACUGGAAGUACGUUGCCAUGGUAAUUGAUCGGCUUUUCCUCUGGAUUUUCGUCUUUGUCUGCGUCUUUGGCACAGUGGGCAUGUUCCUGCAGCCCCUUUUCCAGAACUACUCUGCCAAGACCCCCCUCCACACGCCUGGCUGACCAAUCAGCAUUUUCCACCCCACAGACGAACACUGCCAGCAACCAAUGUCGAUCGGACUGGACAACAAAGGGAGGGCCUGCCCGGAAGGAUUCUUAACGUAUCUGUGGAACUGGACUCAUUGGCAACCACAAGCAACUAAUCUCAGUUUAUAUAAUGAUUAGAAAAUUUAUAUGAAAUUUAGACUUUCUGUUUGGUUAAAUGAAUGACAGCAGUUUUUUGGGAACUCCCCCCUUCCCACCUGCGCACUCUUACAUUUGAGAGACAACAGCACAACCAAUCAGGGAGAGAGGACACACUUCAUUGAUAUCCAUGUGAACCAAUCACUCUCUUCUCUCUAUGCAGACAGCAAUGUAAGAAUACAACGCUAGCCUGGCCUCAACUACUACAGAGCUUACAACAACUUCAGGAAACUCAUGAUUAAGAAGUGCACUUGUAAAUCAGACAGACGGAGAAAUGCAACGUAAAAGAGGGAGAAUGGCCAUCCUUUUCCUUUCUUCAUUAUCCACAUUAUCAAAAGAAGACAGAACAUCAAGAGAUUUAAGAGAUGUCUUUGUGAAAGUUUGAAAUCAUAUUUUCAAUUUAGACCAACAUUGAUAUGGUAUGAUAGGAUACAAUUAUAUAACUAAAAUAGGAGUAAAACAAAAGCAAAAAUUACACACACAUGUAUAAAUACACUUUUACAUAGCGAGAGUGCCAGGUGUAUGAAGUGAGUUUAGCAAUCGUCUGAGGAAAAUGCUGUGCUGUAAUAUCAGAUUUUAGCCAGUCAUGUGUGUGUGUCCAUCUGUGUACUAAAGAGAGGUACGGUGGGCGUGGGGAACAAACUGCCCUUGCAGUGUUAAUGCUGUUAAAGCUAGGUCUCAGAUGACCUUCGGGGAGCAACUAGGAAUGAGAGGAGACCGGACUGAAAGAGAUGCCGAGCAGAGAGCUGCCGAGGCGUACGGAGCCAAGAUGGAGUCGUGCAUUAAUGUCAACAGAAACGUGUUCUGGAUCAAAAGGUGAUUACGGACGGCAAUAGUUUGAGUUAUGUAUCUACACAGCUUUUGAUUAUUGCCUCUGCUGUUGUUUGUGUUAGAGUUAAACAGUGGCUCUUACCUUCUUCUCCCUCUGCCAUCCCCCUUUCUUUCCUGUCCUGUUCUCCGCACUAUUAUUAGGUUUACCCCAUCUCUCUCUCUCUCUCUCUCUCUCUCUCUCUCUGUUCAUUCCCUCCUCACUCUUACUUUUCAUCAUAGCCCUCUCUCUCUCUCUUUCCUCUUUUGUUCAUUCCUCCUCACCUCUUCACUUCCUCUGGUUACCCUUUCUACCCCUCUCUCUCUUUUCUCUGUCUCUGUUCAUUGCCAGCCCCAUACAGCCAGAGCAUUCCUUUCCCCAUUCUUCACGGUGUCAGUUUAAUAAAGGUGGUAGAUUCAG